AGUCAUCACAACUUGUUCGGCCAUCGAGUUGUGCGUUUCCGUAACGUUUGUUUCCGAGUGUCGCGUUUCGAGUUUUGCGUGCGCGUAAACGUACCCUACUAGCGCGUCGUCGUCCGCAAUCCCUCGGCGCUCGGUUUUUUUCCCCUCCCCUCAUCCCCCGUUCGUCGCGGCGGUGUACUCGCGCGUGCUGAUCUCUCGCAUUUUUCCCGUCAUCGAAUUCCGGGAGCAAACAGGGACAGAGAAACAACGACAGGAGCUAUGCGACUCUCGUGGGUGUUCGCAGCCGCGGUGCUGCUGGUCCUGGCCACGGGGGUGAGAUGCAAGAGAAAAUUCGACGGCGAUUUCGAGUUCGCCGAAGAGGAUGAUACCCGCAUAAUGAAAGUCGGCGAUAAGAAGCGUUGGAUACACGAUCCGAAUAGCGAGCUCUGUCGCCCACUCAACUGCAAGAAGAAGGAACUCUGCCUCUUGGAGGACACCUUCACGGCCGUCUGCGUCUCGAAGAAGGAGCUUCACAAAUCAGGUGACAUAGUAAUUCCGAAAUCUCGCGCGGUUCAACAGCGACGGAUGAGAACCGAGACCUCGGUCGAUUCCGAGGACGACGACGCCUUCUUCGAUUCCGAGGACGACGACGAGGAUCAGGACGAGUCGAAGUGCCAGGAGUGUCCCGUGGUGAAGCCUACGUUCCUCUGCGGAAACGACAAUCGCACGUACAGCUCGCCGUGUCGUCUCGAAUACCACAACUGCAUUCACCAUACCUCCGUCCACAUUGCCUGCAAGGGUUUUUGUCCGUGCAAAGUCACCGACCUGCGAAUGUAUUCGAAGAAGAUGCAGAUGCAGAGAAAGAAGACGCUCAUGGACAAAAUGGGCCGCAACCAUGACAUCACUCUCACGCCUCGCGACUUCAAUUACGACAAUCAUCACUACCAGUACCUCAAGUACACAAAGCGCGGCAAGGGUCUUGCUGUCGCGAACAGAUACGACGACAAGCAUUUGAUGAGCAAUGAAGUCACGGACAAGACCCAGUCGCCGUUGAAGGCGCUGUACAACGCGCAGUCAUCGUCCAGAAACGCCGAUUGCCCGCCGUCGUCCAAGCCCGCAAUGGCUAAUCGCCUUUUGGAUUGGUUUUCCGUCGUGAGGACGGAAUCCAAGCAUCGCCGUCAGCAUCCUAAACCCAAUCCCGCGAGAGGGAGAGUCGGACAGUGUAAGUUUCAGUUUUCUUUUAUUUUUUCUUUCGACAAAAAUCGUUCG